AUGGCGGAUGACAUAUUAAAUGUGCCGUUGAAGAUGCAUUGUAGUCGUUUGAAAACAAACGGACGAAUGGAUCUGUCUGUUAAUACAUGUGACUUGCCAUUUUUUUUUGAGCUGAUUCUAUCUUUUUCAUUUGCCACACUUUUGUUGUAUAUAUACACAUCUAUCUAUCUAUCUAUCUAUCUAUCUAUCUAUCUAUCUAUCUAUCUAUCUAUCUAUCUAUCUAUCCGUGUGUCCUAUCGAUUAGGUUUUUAUUGUCUUCACUGCAUCGCUUCAUGUGAACAAAUGACAGAUGGCAAAGCGAUUCUUUUAUGUGAACCUCGUUUGCGUUCCUUCAAAAAUCACUUUCCAAUUUGUGUUGUAUAUGUAGGGGGGGGGUCUGAUUUGGGUUUCAGUCCCCGCUGGGCACCUUUGUCAUCCCUGGGAAAUGUGCCUGGCGAUACAUAUGGUGAAGGAAACUUGUGGUAUUUGCUUGAAAAUGAAUUGAACGAACUCACAUCGAAACUAUCUAUCUAUCUAUCUAUCUAUCUAUCUAUCUAUCUAUCUAUCUAUCUAUCUAUCUAUCUGUAUACUCGAACACCCAGGCCAGUAGGCGUCAAUAACACUGUUUGUAGAAACAAGUAUGUCUCAAUAACAUAUCUAUCUGAAUCUCUAACAUCUAUCUAUCUAUCUAUCUAUCUAUCUAUCUAUCUAUCUAUCUAUCUAUCUAUCUAUCUGGCGUUAGGUGUAUAA